AUUUGGGAUGGAAGGCAAAAUGCUCCCAGGGUCAGACAUUGGACUGUUCCCACUUCCAUCAACAUAUAACUCUUCUUUGCAGCACGUUUAGAAUACCGCGACAAUGUUGACUAUAUGAUACGUUGAGAAGUUCAUCGAUACCCUCGCGACACCACACAAGCCGAACAGGUCGCCGGUGCGAUAACGCGCAGUCUAAGUCGACCUCAAAACCUGCGCCUUCACAAAACCCAUCACAACGCGAUCGAACCUCUGGUUCGCGAUGCGCCUCUACUUGCUCCCUAUCUCGAACCGACGGACGUUGUUAUACUGCAGGCGCCUGAACGUGAGCAUCUCCGACCACCCCACCUUUAUCGACCGAGGGACAACCAGAGCUGCGAAAUUAUGGGCAGACUGGGAGACGAAAGACUCAGGGUGGCGCAAGAAGGUCGUUGACUGGGGAAACACCGCGCUCAAAAAGAUACCAUACGAAGAAUGGGGCUUGAAGUCGAUACCGCCGUUGUCAGCGCGCCGGAGGGCAGAAGAGCUGGAGGCGGGGCAGGCGACUGUCGAGGUUUCCUUCCCAUCAGGAGUCAUUCCUAUGAAUGAGGUUAGCGAGCUGCUCCGGAGGCUCGGGACAGAGAGGGAGUCUCUGCACAAGUCAAGGCUGGUCUACUGUUUUGUUGGAAUGCCUAUAACUGCGCCGGUAGCUCUUCUCCCAGUUAUACCCAACCUGCCAUUCUUCUAUCUUGUCUAUAGAGCAUGGUCGCAUUGGCGCGCCCUAUCCGGCUCGAAACACAUUCAAUUUCUCAUCAGCAAAGAACUCAUCGCACCCACGGUCUCGCCAAUCUUGGAUACCUUGUACGCGCCUGGCAUCAUGAGAGCCACGCGUGGCAGUAUUUCUCUCGGAAACAAGCCGCCCAAAUCAGCAGAUUCCUCAGCACCCCUCCUAAAAGACCAAUUACCGCACGAAGUAAUGCUGCUUCAAGAGGGUGAUAGCACCCUCAUCGCCAACGCGCUCGAGAUGCCAGAGCUGCACGCCGAGAUCGAAAGGGCGAUAUGGCAGGUUCGGAAUGACAUUCGAACAAAGCAGGAGGCCAAGGAUAAAGAGAAUCAGAAAGAUGAAGUGAAGGAGGAAGAUAAGGAUAAGAAGUAGGAAUGACUUACUACACGCUGUAUGAUAUGUUAGACCCCUCUCAGCUUACGAAAGGGAUGGCCCAAUGCCGUACUGUACAUUAUGAUCAUCUCAAAAUGACUGGAGUUUAGAGUAUAGGAAUAGAGGGGCCAGUGGUGGAUACAUAAGGGCCAACGCGUUGAUAGACAAUAUUAUAUUAUGAAGCCAC